AUGGUCAAUCCUCCGCACGGUGGUGUUCUUAAGGAUCUCUUGGCGCGCGAUGCGUCUAUCGCGGCGUCGCUGCUGGAAGAGGCAGAAACGCUGCCUGACAUUGUCCUCAACGAGCGCCAACUGUGUGACUUGGAGCUCAUCAUCACCGGUGGCUUCUCGCCGCUCGAAGGCUUCAUGAACAAGGCGGAUUAUGAGGGAUGCCUUACCAACAUGCGUCUCGCUGACGGCUCUCUGUUCCCGAUGCCCAUCACGCUCGAUGUGUCCAAGGAGCAAGUGCAGUCGCUGGGUCUGGAGGAAGGUCGCCGUGUGACGCUCCGUGACCCGCGCGACGAUGCCGUCAUUGCGAUUCUGACCGUGUCGGACCUGUUUGAUGUCGAUCGUUCGCGCGAAGCCAAGCUUGUUAUGGGUGCGGAUGACCAGGCCCACCCUGCCGUCGCCUUUCUGUACAACAACGUCAAGGACGUGUACGUCGGCGGUGCUGUGCAGGCCAUCAACAAGCCACAAUACUUUGACUACGUCGAGCUGCGCUUCACGCCAGCUGAGUUGCGCCACCACUUCAACAAGGUCGCGUGGCGCCGCGUCGUGGCUUUCCAGACUCGUAACCCGAUGCACCGCGCGCACCGUGAACUGACCGUCCGUGCGGCUCGUAAGCUGCAGGCCAAUGUCCUCAUCCAUCCCGUUGUUGGCCUGACCAAGCCGGGUGAUGUCGACCACUACACGCGCGUGCGUGUCUACCAGAGCCUGAUGCCCCGCUACCCGAAGGGUAUGGCCACACUUGCGCUCCUGCCACUUGCCAUGCGUAUGGCUGGACCUCGUGAGGCAUUGUGGCACGCGAUUAUUCGCAAGAACUUUGGUGUAUCGCACUUUAUUGUUGGUCGUGAUCACGCUGGCCCUGGCAAGAACAGCCAAGGCGAAGACUUUUACGGCCCGUACGAUGCGCAAGAUCUCGUCAAAAAGUACACGGAGGAGCUUGGCAUCGAGAUGGUGCCGUUCCAGAUGAUGACGUAUCUGCCUGACACAGACGAGUACCAGCCUGUGGACGAGGUGCCGGCGGGUGCUGCGACGCUCAACAUUAGCGGUACGGAGCUCCGUAAGCGUCUGCGCACUGGUGCGCCUAUCCCCGAGUGGUUCAGCUACGAGAGUGUCGUCAAGACGCUCCGUGAAAGCUACCCACCCAAGACGAGCCAAGGCUUUACGAUCCUGCUCACAGGUUUGCUGAAUUCGGGCAAGGACCAAAUUGCUCGUGCGCUCCAGGUCAAGCUCCACGAGCAGGGUGGUCGCAGUGUCUCGCUUCUGCUCGGUGAUACUGUGCGUCAUGAGCUGUCAUCGGAGCUUGGUUUCUCGCCGGAAGACCGCCACAAGAACCUGCAGCGUAUCGCUUUUGUGGCUUGUGAGCUUACGCGCGCAGGUGCUGCUGUGAUUGCGUCGCCCAUCGCUCCGUAUGAGCAUUCGCGCCGCCUUGCGCGCGAGACGAUCCUCAAGGGGGGUGGUUCCAACAACUUCUUCCUCGUGCACGUCGCGACGCCGAUCGAGUACUGUGAGAAGCACGACCGCCGCGGCAACUAUGCCAAGGCUCGUCGCGGUGAAAUCCAGGGCUUCACGGGUGUUGACGACGUUUACGAGGCCCCUAAUGAUGCAGAUCUCGUCGUGGAUGUAUCGCAGCAAAGCAUUGCUGAGAUUACGCAUUCGAUUGUGCUGCUCCUGGAAGCCAACGGGCUCAUUUAA